AUGGUUGUGAUUUCUCUUUGGGACGGCCAAGAAAUCGAGCUGGCCGUCGAAAGUUCCAGAGGAGACGGAGAACAGAAGCUCAAUGAAGCCAUAUUGGAACUGGAUGACAACCAGGUCGCAUUGGAUCUUUCACUGCUUAAACGCGGUGUCCUUCGCAUCCGAAAACCAUUUCCAGAAUCUUUCGAAUCUACUAAAUCUUCAGUUAAAACAUUAGAGAAGUUGGAGACUUUUUCUGAUGAUGAGGAAGAUCUGGAUAAUGUAAAAGAGGCGAAAGAAGGAGAAACCUUUCAAGAUCUUUACACAACUGGGGAAGCAUUGGGUAAAGGGAGCUUCUCAGACGUAGUAUUGGCCACCCACAACGAAUCGAAUAUGAACUUUGCCGCAAAGGUCAUUGAUAGAGAAGACAUGAAGCGAAAGGGGGCCAAGGAUACGUUGGAGCUCGAAAUUAAUAAUAUGAAGCUUCUGAAAGAGUGCCCUCAAAUCUGCCGUAUACAGGAUGCCUUCGUAGGCGAUUCCAUCUGCCAUAUUGUUUUUGAAUUGCUUCCAGGAGGUGAAUUAUUCAGCUGUAUCAUAGAGAAGGGUUCUUUCUCCGAGCGAGAGGCUCGCGACGCUAGUAUCAGUAUCUUGAAUGGCCUCGAAUUCAUGCAUUCUAAGCGAGUUGUCCACCGUGAUGUGAAGCCAGAGAAUCUCAUGUUGAAGGACAAGAACAAAAUUUCUUCUGUCAAACUUUCUGACUUUGGCUUUUCCAAGUAUCUAGAAAAUAAGAAUGCCUGUCGGACUCUUUGUGGAACACCAGGAUACCUGGCGCCUGAAAUUCUGGAACGAUGGCCUGCUUACGAUGUGGAAUGUGACAUGUUCAGUUUUGGGGUCAUUCUCUUCCUCUUGUUGGGCGGUUAUUUGCCCUUUGAUCCCAACUCCAGCAAUGAUACGAAUGCCAUCUUUGAACGUACCCGUAAUGGCGAUCACAAAUUCUACCCCACUCGAUGGAACAACAUUUCGCCUUCCGCGAAGGAAUUGGUGGCACAGUGCUUGAGCAUCAAGCCCACGAAGAGAAUCACAGCCAAGAAAGCCUUGAAUCAUCAAUGGAUGAAAGAGAAGGUUGCUGGCAACAAGGUCGAUGCAUCUGCUUUGAAAAGUGUUGUUGCGGACAAUCAGUUGGGCAAGAAAGGUGAUGAGCUAAAGGACGACUUCCAAGGCUACCUGGAAAAUAAGCGGAAAGAUUCGAUGACAUCGUAUAUGACUGGACAAAAAUCGGUUGCCACAGCUGCGACUGCAUUCAAGGAGGAAGGCAGCAGUGGACGACCUGUAGACGCUUUCUAUGAAAAGCGACACAAACUUGGGCAAGGGGCUUUCGCAAUUGUGCACAGUUGCUUUCAUCAGUCAACUGGGAAGUCGUAUGCUAUCAAGGAAAUUGAUCUGUCCGGAUUAAAUGAUAAAGAGUUGAUAAUGCUCCAGGGAGAGAUCAAUGCCAUGAAAUAUGUUCGAGGUGGACCGUCCAUUAUUCGUCUCUACGAUGUAUUCCGAUUUCCUGAUAAGCUGCACCUGGUGUUGGAAGAAAUGAAGGGUGGUGAUGUAUUGCAUCGAAUUGCUGAAAAGGAGGUGUAUACAGAAGCUGAGGCAAGAGAUACGUGCACAUAUUUCUUCGAGGCAGUGCGAUACUGUCACAGAAAGAAUAUCGCUCACAGAGAUAUUAAGCUCGAUAAUCUAUUACUCGUGGAAAAGAAUGACAUUGCUACCGUGAAACUUGCUGACUUCGGUUUUGCGAAGAAAUGCGGGAGAAAAGGAGUGAAGACAAUGUGUGGGACUCCAAACUACAUGGCACCAGAGGUGUUUCGGUUACCUGAGUCUGGUUUCUAUGAUUUCCGUUGCGAUAUGUGGUCUGUUGGCGUUUCAGUCUACUGCAUGUUAGCUGGGUAUCUUCCUUUUGAAGGAUCCAUGAAAGAUGUCCAACGGCGAGUAUUGAAAGGAAAGUACAAGUUUCACAGUGAAUACUGGGCUGGGAUCUCAUCUUCAGCAAAGGACAUGGUUACCGGGUUGUUGCAGAGAGAUCCAGGCAAAAGACUAUCUGCAGAUGAUGCUCUGCAGUGCGAAUGGAUGGGUACGGCUGCUGAAGCUCUUGCUGCCAGGGAUCUUUCCGGCGCUCAAAAACAAAUCAAGAAGAAUAAAUUCAAGAAGGCGGCGAUGGGUAUAAUGAAAUUGAACAAAAUCCACAAAUUCAACGAGUCGUCGAAGAUGCUUGACUUUGGGACCUUGGCGAUGGGAAUCAAUCAAGCAGCAAGAAUGGAGAUGCUUCAGGAACAACAAGACGCGGAAGAAGAGAAGUUUGACCAAGCCUUUGAACUUUUGCAACAGAUCGGAGAGGGCGAGUUUGGGGAUCUCUAUAUUGCGAUCAACCUAAAAACAAAAACGGAAGCUGCGGUUAAGAAGGUCUGUAGACGCAAGUUGGUCGAGUCUGACGUCGUCGCUCUUGAUGACGAAAUUGCGGCAUUGCGAACGCUGCAAGGGUCCAAGCAUAUUGUUACGUUGCUGGACGUAUAUGAGGAUGCCGACUAUACUCACAUUGUAAUGGAGCGAGUCUACGGUUCAACGUUGAUUGAACAGCUAGUUGCGAAGAAGAGAUACACAGAAUUUGAUGCAAAGGAAGUUGUAAGGAAUCUACUCUUGGGAGUCCAUCAUUGUCACAACAAUCGCAUCGCAAUUAGAAAUCUCAAGUUGGAGAGCUUGCUUUUACCUGAAAAUGAACCGAACAAUGUAAAGAUAUCUGACUUUGAGUCUGCGAAGGUUGUUUCUUUCCCCAACUCUCUCCACACUCAAUGUGGAACUCAGGAGUACGUUGCGCCUGAAAUCCUAUCAAGUCAUCCGGCCUAUGACGUUUCUUGCGACAUGUGGACAGUCGGAGUUAUAAUCUUUAUAAUGCUUGGUGGGUACUAUCCUUUCCGUGCCAAGAAGGAGGCCGAUGUAUUGAAGAAGAUCCGCUAUGGUGAAUUCAAGUUUCACAGCAAGUAUUGGAAAAUCAUAUCAGACGAGGCGAAGGAUAUAAUAAAGCGAAUGCUGAACGUAAAUCCAGACGAGAGAAUAACUGCUGCCGAUGCACUAUCAAGCCCUUGGAUCCAUUCUGGGGACAAGCACACAGCUGAUUUGAGCAACAAUAUGUCCGAGUUGAGCGAAGAACUUGGCAAGCGAACACUCAAGGGCACUGCUCGAAUGGUGAUGGCCCUCAAAAGGUUGAACAUUUGA